AUGGCAAUAAAUGGUGCAGCCUCAAAUUUGUUCAUAAGUACAAAGGGUUUAAAGCAAGGAGAUCCAAUGUCUCCUUUUCUCUUUAUUCUGGUUGUAGAGGUGUUAUCCUUAAUGAUGAAAAGAGUUGCUUCUUUAAACUUAAUUUAUGGGUUCAAACCAUCUGCAGAAGCUGAUUUUGAGAUUAAUCAUUUGCAAUUUGCAGAUGAUCUAAUUGUCUUUUUAGAUGACAAUUGUGAGCAGGUGAAUAAUCUAAAGAAUGUUUUAUUGGGUUUUGAACUAGUCUCUGGUUUGAAGGUUAACUUCCAGAAGAGUGCUCUUGUACCAGUAGGAGAUGCUGUAAAUGCAAGUGAUGGUGCUGUUAUUUUUGGUUGUUCAAUUACUUCAUUUCCAAUGAAAUAUCUGGGCAUUCCUUUAGGAAGUAAGUCUAAAGCUGUUGGUGUUUGGGAUACUAUUCUUCAAAAUUUUGAGAAGAAACUAAGUAUGUGGGAUCAUGUGGAGAAGAAUAUGAAUAUUCAAGUGCAAAGUGGAGAUAGAUGUCUUUUCUGGAAGGAUAUGUGGAUGAAUGGCGAGUCUUUAAAAUCUAUGUUUCCUAACCUUUUCAAAUUAAGCAAGUUACAAGAUGCUACAAUUCAGGAGAUGCUGGAUAUAAGUGCAGGGAAUUGCUGGAAUUUGGCUUUUUGUAGAAGCCUGAAGGAUGCUGAGAUUGAAGAUAUUUCCCAUUUGUUAGAUUUGUUGUCUACUUUCAACAGUGGAGUUGGUGAUGAUCAAAGGGUGUGGCAGAAUGGGGCAAAAACUUUUUCAGUGGCAGAAUGCUACAAAUCUUUGGAGGAUGAUGGCUUGCUGGUUUUUCCUUAUAAGUGUGUCUGGAAUUCAAAAAUCCCACAAAAGGUAGCUUUCUUUGUUUGGACUCUCUGUUAUAAUGCUGCUCCAACAAUGGAUAGUCUGAGGAACACUAUUAAUGUGAAUGGAUGUUUACUUUGCAAGAAGAGUGCAGAAACAAGCCAACAUCUGUUUCCACAUUGUGAGAUAACAACAGAGAUGUGGAACCAUUUUUUGAAGGGUUACAACUUGAAUUGGAUGUUUCAGGAAAAUGUUAGAAAAACAAUUUGA